GAGCUCGUUACUGCGAUCCCUAACCAUGCCAGUCUGCCACAGCCUGUUACGUCGAGUUUUCCAUGACUCGCGGUUUGUUGAAGUCCGGAAUGACAUCCAAGGAGGACAUGUCAAAAUGAGACUAGUCAGGAUAACAAUGUUUCAUCCUCCUAGCUUGUUCGCCUCUCUGAGUCUUAUCACCAGAUGGUUAAUUCAUGGUGAUACAUACUGAUCUGCCCAUUUCAUUUCUGCAUCGGUGACUACUGGCGCUCCCACGCUGAGUCACCUGGAGUCCUGACUCGAGUCACACCGUAGCCUAGGUUUUUGGGUACUAAUAAGCUCUGACCUGCACUGCGCCCACGGACGCAACGGCUGACAUGAAGAACCCAGUGUCCUCCGAAUUAGCCCCUAGCACAUUGACUACUGAUGUAGAGCUAGACAAACAGGCUCCGCCUUCGUUUGGGCACGCGAUGCACAAGCUCUUUGAGUUUGACCCAUCAUACGUGAACCUAAAUCACGGUUCAUAUGGUUCAUUACCCAUGCCAGUUAGAGUUGCAUGCGAUAAGCUCUCCACUCACAUUGAAGCCAACCCAGACAAAUUCAUGCGCAUCGAGUGCAUUCACCACUGGAAUGAGGCUCGUACUCGAGUGGCCAAGCUGAUAGGCGCAGAGACUGACGAGUGUGUCUUGGUGCCUAACACAUCGUACGGCAUAACUACGGUUCUCCGCAAUUUCGAGUGGCAUGAAGGGGACAUCAUUAUUGGGACUACCACGACUUAUGGUGCUGUGUCCCGAGCGAUUAGGUAUCUUGGAGAUAUCACACCAUAUCCACAAGUGUCCACAUUCAAUCUCACGUUCCCUACCUCACAUGCGGAGAUACUGGAGAAUUGGCGAGAACAUAUCCGCCGAGUGACCUCGGAAGCGAGCGAUCUCAAACAGACUCGCAAGGUCGUGGCUGUAGUAGAUGCCAUCGUGGCCAAUCCUGGCGUGCGUCUUCCUUGGAAAGAAAUGGUGGCCAUUUGCAAGGAUGCAGGUGUCUGGUCAGUGGUCGAUGCUGCGCAUGCAAUCGGCCAGGAAGUAGACAUUAACUUGUCGGAGGCGAAGCCUGAUUUUUGGGUAUCAAAUUGCCACAAAUGGCUUUAUGCAAAGAGAGGCUGCGCAGUCCUUUAUGUCCCUAAGCGAAACCAGCAUGUCAUCAAAUCUCCUAUACCCACCCCACACAAUUAUCUCUCACCUCGAGAUGAGCACCACAAUGGCCCACAGACAUUUGUAAAGCUUUUCCAAUGGACAGGGACCAUAGAUUAUGUUCCGUUCCUGAGUAUAAAUGCAGCCUUGGACUUUAGACAGUGGCUCGGCGGCGAGCACAAGAUAAACGAAUAUACUCACAAUCUCGCAAUUGCAGGCGGGAAGCAUCUGGCAAGUCUCCUAGGAACCAGCGUAAUGGACCCUGACGGCGACCUAACUUGGAACAUGGUCAACGUGGAAUUGCCCAUUCCCGGCGACAUCACAUAUUCGGAUGAAAUUAACUCCCUGUUGCAAAGUACAUUGUUGAUAGAGUGCAACACGUAUGCCGCUCACUACUACCAUAAUGGAAAAUGGUGGACAAGGUGUAGUGCGCAGGUAUGGAACGAGAUUUCGGAUUUCGAAGUUCUCGCCAGUGCUUUGAAAAACGCGUGCCAGAAAGUAGUGGAGUUUGCGAAGCAAUGAAUUCUUCUUUCACGAAGCAAGAUCUUCCCUACGAGAAUUCGAGAUGGAACAAUAAAUACUUAGACCGAAAUGCCAAGAGCGCGUGUUGAAUUGCAGGCGAAGUACUUGCUGACUAAGUUAUGGAUCAUCCCGGAAAG